AUGGGGUUUCGGUUGCCGAGAAUUGUGAAUGCUAAGACGAGUCCGAGACGGAGUCUUUCAUCCUCAGAGACGACAGUGGUGCCUAAAGGCCACUUUGCCGUUUAUGUUGGAGAAAUCGAAAAGAAGAGAUUCGUUGUACCGAUUUCAUUCCUCAAGCAUCCUUCCUUCCAAAAUUUAUUGAGUCAAGCAGAAGAAGAGUACGGAUUCAAUCAUCCUCCGGGUUCUUUGGUGAUUCCCUGCAUCCAAGAAGCUUUCGUUGAUCUCACUUGCUGUCUGCAAAGAUCAUGAGAGUUGAUGUUAGAAUGGCUAACUUAGCAGAGAUUAACAAUGUAGCUUAAAAGCAAGUGUAAAUGGUAAACUUGAUUA